AUGGAUUACAAGAAUCGACGGGAGAACUACCGGGCCGUUUUGGCUGGCGACGUCUGCGUGCAUCCGGGUUCAGUUUUUGACCCCAUCUCGGCGCGCAUCGCUGAGGAUCUGGGCUUUGAGGUCGGUAUGUUCGCCGGCUCCAUCGCCAGCGGCACCGUGCUCGGCGCGCCGGACUACGUGGUGCUGACGCUCAGCGAGUUCGCCGAGCAGAUUUACCGCAUCUGCCGCGCCGGUGAGCUCAGCCUGAUGGUCGAUGCCGACCACGGCUACGGCAACGCCCUCAACGUGAAGCGGACGGUGGAAGAGCUGGAAGCCGCCGGCGUGGCCGCGCUGACCAUCGAGGACACCCUGCUGCCCAUGGCCUUUGGCGGCGGCGACUCGGAUACCAACCUCAUCUCGCUGGACGAAGGUAUCGGCAAGAUGAAGGCCGCGCUUUCGGGCCGCACCGACCCCAACUUGGUGGUCGCCGGGCGCACCAGCAGCAUCCGGGUCAGCGUUGACGAGUGCAUCAAACGGGUGAAGGCCUACGCCGCGGUUGGCGUGGAUGCGGCGUUCCUCGCGGGCGCCAGCACCAAAGCCGAGGUUGAGGCCGUCAGUUCCGAAGUGAACAUACCCCUGCUGCUGGGUGGCGUCGGCGGCGAGCUGACCGACAAGAAAUGGCUGGGCGACCACGGUGUUCGGGUGGCGCUACAGGGUCAUCUGCCCUUCCAGGCGGCGAUCAAAGCCGUCUACGACACGCUGAAGGCGCUGCGCGACGGCGUGGCUCCCGGCGACCUGCGGGAUCAGCUGGCUUCUCCCGACCUGAUCGCUCAGGUGACGCGAAAGGCCGAGUACGACCGGCAAAUUGCCGACUACCUGGGUUAA